GGAUUGUAUUGUUAUCAUUGCAGACGGGGUCCCUGUAUUGUCAUUGGUAUAUUGUGCCGGUGUUCCUGUGCGACUCUGUGUGGUAUCGAUAGAUAUGCUUGAUUUGGUGUGAAGUUGCACAAUAUAUUCCUUCAUAAACGAAGUAUCCACGAAGUAUUUUGUAUACGUUCUUCGCAAUAUAGGACCGGAUACUCUUCCAAAAACUAUAGCUACUCCCCAAACACAUUCACGAACUAAUUCGUGUAUGUCCUUCGCAAAAAGUUCUAGGACCGGAUACUCUCCGAAAAAAACUAUAGUCGCGGGGAAAAUACCGUAUUUCUGUUAAUGAGGAAGCGUCCGGGAAGCGUAUCUUGUCUAUAGGAAAGUACCUCAUAGCUUUUCAAACAUGACUGAUCGAAAUACUUCAUGAAACCCUCGAUGAAUGCGUUGGGAGAGAUUGUCAUACUUUGGACACCAAGCGUCUGAUACUGCAAAAAUAGAAAUUCAGUCACUUGCAUAAGUUAAGACUCCUUAAUCAAACACGAUUGCAACGCUACUGGGGCGUGAGUAUUACUCAAUAUUUACAAUAGCUAUCAAGGGACGCGAGAUGUCGGACGAGAUCCUGAUUGCUUUUAAACUUUGAGAACUCGUAUAAGAUUAAAGAUGACCUUUGUAUCGAUACUCUUCACGUGCAAGAACAGCCCUUGAGAUCCAUGAAAUAGUAAAUGAGACCUUUAUACCGACUGAAAUACAUAUCAACUCCAUACUUAUUAACUUGUUAAUAUCUCGAUAUAAUUUUAUCAACAUGGGUACAAAGGUGAAGGGAAAGAGAAGACCAGACGAGACAGAAGACGAGACGUUGAAGAAACAAAAGAAGAAAAAAAUCUUUUUGUUUCGACUGAUCCGCAAACGCAAGCGACUGUCCCAGUCGCAGGAGUUUCUUCACGACACCCAAGCCCAGAACUUCAGGAUCGAACUCGAGAUCGAUGAGCAGGUGGAGAACGAAAGCGAUGUCGAAAUGGUGGUUGAGGACGACAUCGAGCACCAUGGCCCGCCCACGGAAGACGACAUCGUUGGGGAUACUAGAUCCGACGGUGACCACGACGCGGUCGACGGGAUGGACGAGCCGACUGCUAAACGCAGAGGAGCAGACGAAAAGAAACGACUGUUCAAGUUUUGGGGAAUUUCAUUCAGUAUAAAAAAGCGCAGGAAGAAAACAGAGUAUUCCAAGUUUUCCGAAUCGACGGACAAUAUUCUGGGUGAUCCACAUCAAACCGAACAAAAGGCAGAUGAAGAUGUUCAUGAUAGAGAAAAUAGGAAAAAGACUAAAAAGACGAACUCAAAGAGGUAUGUCCGCUUCGAGACGGACAAUGAUGACGACAAAGAGAACAUGGCGAUGUCGAUAGAUGACGGGGAAGACAAUGAAAUCAACAACCAGUCACAUUCGUCGUCGAUGACGCCGAAGAAGAAAAAGAAGUCGACUAAAAAGAAGAUAGCCAAGGCUAGUAGGAAAACGGGUCGUGUUUUCCGAGAUGGAAUGAUCCAAGUAGGUCACAACCUCCAGUAUCUCUCACCGAUGCCUACACCUCAUGUCUUUGCGGAUCCUGGUAAGAAGAAAGCCAGCUACACAGACACGCCCAAGAAACGAAACUACAAGUACACUGCCAAGGCCCCGCCCACCAACCCGUACGGAUUUCUGUAAAGUUUAGGAUACAGGUCGCCCCACUCCCCAAGGUUUAGGAUUCAGGGCUUUGCCCACCAACCCUUAGGAUUUCUUUUGAUAUUGGGGACACAAAGCCCCACCCACGAACCAUAUGGAUUUAUUUAAGGCUCGGGACACAGGGCACCGCCUAUGAACUCGUUUAAGUUUUAGGACACAGGCCCUUGCUACCAACCUGUAUGAAUUCAUAUAAGGUUUAAGACACAGUUCCUCGCCCACCAACCUGCAUGGAUGAAUAUUCAGGACGCAAGGCCCCACCCACGAACCCGUAUGGAUUCAUUUAAUGUUUAGGACACAGUGCCCCGCCUACCAACCCGUAUCAUUCUUUAAGGGUUAGAACACAACGCCCCGCCCAUGAACCUACUCGUAUGUACUGUUGAUAAAGGUUUAGGAUUCGGGACCCCGCCCACCAAUUCGUAUGAUUGAUCAGGCAUUGGAGAAUUAGGACACAGGGCCCGCCCACCAACCCAUAUGGAUUCGUUCAUGUUUUCGGACAUUAAGAUAAUAAACUGACACAUUAUGUUUGAAAAUUCCAUUUUAGAGCGGGGCGACCUUUUGAUUGUAAAAAUAUAGAAAUGAACAUUUCGGUAUAUUUCAGUACUGUUGUUUAUUGAUUUAUUUUUCGUACAGGAUGAAAGGACAGUUGCAGUGGUCAAGGUACAAGUACUUCUUAAAACACAUACACAUACUUACGAAAUGUUGGUUAUUAGCAUAGUUGUGAAGACUAUAACUCGCCUAGAUAUUAUUUACGUUUUUCCUUUUAUUGCCAAGAGUAUCUCUGCCAGAAGUGUUUUAAAUGACUUAUUGUUUAGAAUAGUACGUUAGAUGACUCGUAAUUGUCCCCACUAUGGAGAAAUUAUGACGAAUAUGUAUCUUAUUUACUUAUUCUUUUCAAUAAUGAUAUGGAUUGUUUUAAUUAGGUCAUGUAAAUACUCUAUCAAGAGUCACUACACGCGCAGAUUGGAUUAUAUUUUCUCUAGGCCUUUAUAUUACCGGUAUUUGUUUGUCUUUAUCUCUAAUUUGAGGACAGAAAUAUAUUUUUUUUUACUUUAUCAAGUGAUGACGAAAUUUGUUUCGAUGUGAAAACGGGGUCCCAUGAUGUUCCAAUACUGUUUCAUCUUUAAUUUAAUUUAGAUGCUGAAGUAUAAUUGUGUAAUAAGCUUUAUUCCAAAACGGUAAACGCUCCUCAACAUAGCAUAACGUUUACAGGAAAAAAAACCACUUUAAAAGGGUCCCUACAACCGAAAUCUAAAUUGGCUCCUUUUGAAGGACAAUACUGAAUACAACUCAUAACUGCUUCUUAAGUUUCUUUAUAUUUUUUUCAUAGGUUUUUGAAGAAUUUUUAAAGGAUAUUUUUCACCUUAGAAAGCUUUAUUCUAGAAUAGCGCAGAUCACAUUCCUACAGCAACAUCAUUUUAUCAAUCAUUAGACCAUGAUUGGGAACAUUCAAACAAAAUCAUUGAAGUGUUUAAAGAAUUAGAUAUCGCAGCAUACCAUUUUGGAACCAUUAUUUUAACCCGUUUUAUCGUCCAAACUUCUGAAUACUGAUAUAUAUAUAUAUAUAUAUAAAUAGAUAGAGGUGUUAUGGCUCAGUGGAUAAGUCACCAGAGCUUGAACCACAAGGCCGGGGUUCAAAUCCCACCGUAGCACUAGCGUCCUUUGGCAAGGCGUUUGUCUACAUUUGCUACUCUCCACCCAGGUGCAUGAUAAAUGGGUACCUGGUAGGAAGGAAUUCCUUGAAUAUCCGAGCUACCAAUCAUAGCCAUGCUAAAACCGGGGUAGCGCUUAGAAACAUUUGUAUUAAGCGCUAUAUAAAUGUUGCACAUUAUUAUUAUUAUAUAAGAAUGAAAUUUUUAGCUUUGCGGGAGGGCGCGUCGCUCGAUUUACAUGCACAGACACACACAAAAAAAAAAUUACAGAAAACUAUUGUGGAGGUUUCCUUUCCGUUUCGGGGGAAAAAAAACACGUAACAGUCGCAAAUAUGUAUGGCAUGUGCGUGUAGUAUAUCAAUAUACACUGCAAAAACUCCGGUGUUGAUUUAACACCAGCCCGGAAUCUAUAAUUAUGUCAACACCAGAGAAGUAUUGAAACAACACCGGUUUGGAAUCAAACCGAUGCUGUUUUAAUACUAAUUGGUGUUGUAUUGGUCCGUACACCUUUCUGAUGUACGGACCAAAACGAAACUGGUGUUAUUAAACACUUCUCUGGUGUGGACAUAAUUAUGCAGAUUACGGGCUGGUGCUAAAUCAACACCGGAGUUUUUACAGUGUAGUUGUUUGUGCCACGAGAAACAUUGGAGGCGUUUAACGAGUGGCCUUGUCAUCUAUUUAAAAAAUGCUAUCAAUUUACGAUAUUGGUAGCUCAUAAAAUAUUGUCUCAAAACGUAACUCUUCUAAUUUUACUACAUGUACAUUUAUUAUGCCAUUUUUGGCAAAUAUUUUGUUUCAUCCGCCAUAUUGGCUUUAUAAGUUUUCAUAUUAGGAUAAUUAAUAACAAACCAUGAGGAAAUUCUCUCAACAUCCCGCUUGGACGACUAUUUUGCAUUCAUUGUGUGUACUAUUUUAAUUGAAGAUUUCAUUUUAGUAUUUAGUUUCAUGUAAAAUAAUGUUUCGGUGCAAUUAAGACUAUAGACCUAUUGUACUCAAUUUCAUACUUUAAUUUCUGAUUUUCUUUUUAUAAUAAACUCUUGCCACGAACGCAAAAAAU